AUGAAAUCUCUUGCUUCUGUGAGUGCAGAAAGUGCAGUACAGGAAAGCAGUCGUGCAAGUGUAUUGGCAUAUCCCGUCAGCAUCACAGAUCCAGUAAACAAAACUUUAGUGCCCCAGUCAGGAAAAAGUCCUGUUGAGAAAGACGUUGAAAUUUUAAAAGAUGAUGCUCCUGGAUCCACAGCUGUUGAAGAUGAGGCUGAAUGCAUUGGUGGGAGACCAGGACCUGUAAAGCUGUCAUCGAAAUCCAAUAUAUCUACUUCUGGAAAUCAGGGGAAAAGAGACCAUGCCAAGGAACUGCCGUCCCAUGUGCAGAUAAUGCGUUUACCCUUGCAAAUUUUUCAGUUUUCUAAAGAUGCUUCUGUACAGUCUAUGCAAGUUGUUCAAAACAGUACCAGAGGGUGGAUCUGUCUGUAUUCCUGGGGCCUAAUAAGCUUAAAGUCAAUUCUUCAAACACCAGUGUUUCAACGGUAUUCGCCCCUGCACAGCCUUCGCCAUCUAAGCCAGUUGUUUUCAUUUCAAAAGAUCCCUCCACAACAAAGUCAGCAACUUGAUGUUCCUAGCAAAGUCUCCAAACCAAAGUUGACAGCACAGGAUGCCCAGGUUUCUAAUGGCAGUAUUCUUAAUCGGAAGGCUCCUCCGCAAAACAGUGCAAAUCAAAAUAACCCAAAAGUCAAUCCUUCAAACAGCAGUAUUUCAACGUCAUUAAUCCCUACACAGCCUCAACCAUCUAAGCAAGUUGUUUCUAUUUCGGAAGAUCCCUUAGCAGCAAGUCAACCACUUUAUGUUUCUGGCAAAAUCACUCAAUCCAAGUUAGCAACACAAGUUGCUCAAGUUUCUAAUCGUAGUAUUCUCAAUCAGAACACACCCCGGCCAAACAAUGAAGAACAAAAUAACUCUAACGCCGAUUCAACAAACAGUGUUUCAAACACCAGUAUCUCGACCUUCUUCAUUCCUGCACACCCGCAACCAUCUGAGCCAGUUGUUUCCAAUUCGGGAAAUCCUCCAUCACCAAGUCAGCAACGUGAUGUUACUAACAAAGUCACCACACUUAAGUUAGCGACACAGGAUGCUCACGGCUCUGAUCGCUGUGCUCUUAUUUCGAACGUUUCAUCGCAAAACAGUGAAAAGCACAAUUUUGCAAACAAUGUUUCAAACGCCAAUAUCUCAACGUUCAUCUUACCUGCACAACCACCGUCUGGGUCAAAUAUCUCGAGUCAAACUCCCCUUACUAAAAAUACACUUGCAGUGAAUAAUAAAUCGCGUGUCAUUCUUACUAACAGGAUUGCUCCAAAUGCUGUCAUAUUAAGCUCAUUAAGUACAACAGGUGUCAAAUCUGAGCCUGCCCUUAAGCUUCCAGAGUUUCUGGAGAAACAGUCUUGCUACCUUCCAAAUAUUCAAACUGGACAUCACACAGGAGACCUAAAGCUCGAGCGAACGAUCAAGCGUUCUAAGUCGAAACACGUGGGAUUCGCUUUGCCGAAUCCCAAGACCAAGAAAGUCACGAGCAAAUCGACACCCCACGGUGAUCUUGAGAGAGAUGAUAUAGAAACUAGUCCAAUAACUUCUGCAGAGUUACCCUUUGAACCAUAUUCUGAAUCCUCACCAAUUUUUAAUGAAGUAGAGAUUCUAAAAGCAGUUAGGGGCAUAGACGCUAUGGUGUUGACUGAAAAAGAUGAAAGUACUGUUAUCGAGAAGAGCAUAAGUCCCUUUUGCCCGAUAUGCCGACGGAAGUUUGAGAAACGUGCCUCUCUCCCAGCUCAUAUCAUGGCUAGUCAUUUUAAGUACAGAUGCCAAAACUGUCUCGGAGUGUUCACAAAGAAGGAAAUUUACGUGGAGCAUCUCAAAUCCGCACACAAAACUAACGGUGAAUCCAGAACCUUGAUGGGGUCGCCUAAUCCUUGUGGUGAUUGUAACAUGACAUUUACAACUAGAUCUGAUCUGGAUAGUCACCAACGUAAAUUCCACAACUUCGAAAUACGUUGCUCUAUUUGUGCUAAGACCUUUUCUGCUAUAAGCGGUUUAAGAGCUCACAUCAUGACUUACCAUUUGAGUGACGGACCAUCGGUUUGCGAUGUCUGUGGUAAAUCAUUUAGAUUGUCGAGCUAUUUGGCCAGUCAUCGGAGACGACAUUUUUCUGAAAGGAACCAUGUUUGCUCCGUGUGCGGGAAACGCUUCAAAGAGAACUAUUCUCUGAAGGAGCACAUGGACAUACACAAAGCACCCGGAGAGCGGAAGUAUCGCUACAUGUGCUCAUAUUGUGGAAAGGGCUUCAACUGUAAACCUUUAUUUCGUGACCACACCAACUGUCACACCGGUGAGAAACCUCACAAGUGCCCUACCUGUGACAAAACCUUCUGCAGGCUAUCUUCCAUGAAAAAGCAUGAAUUGACUCACACUGAUAAGCGACCAUUUGCUUGUGAGUUUUGUGUCAAAGCCUUCAAAAGCAAGGAAGCACUGAAGACCCAUGUUGUCACUCACACUGGGGUGAGUAAAUUCAAAUGCAAUUUCUGUCACCGAGCUUUCGGGAACAAUAACAUAAGGAGGACGCAUGUGGUAAGGUGUGAGAAGAAUCCCAAUAGGAUUUCGGUACCCGUGAACACUAGAAGGAAACAGCGGCGACCAGAGGAGAAGGCAAUCGUGGCCAGGGCCUUAGAAACGUUGAAGAAUGCGGAAAAUCAAGCCGUAGAAAUAAUGUCUGAAGUAAGCGACCUGACAGUGGAGUCCGAUGAGCUGUCAAAUGAUGCAUUUGUGUACAUGUGUACUGCGUGCAACGAGGAGUUCGACGACGUCUUGACAGCAGGGAGUCACAUAGAGCAUUGUACAAGCUGGAAGUAGUUAUGUCCUGACAAGUAGCAAUCUCAUAGUGCCUUGUUCAAAUUGGAAGUUAUGACUUGUUGACUGCUAGUAGUCACGCAGAGCAUGGUAUGAACUGGAAGUCGAAACUACAUGUUGACAACCACGUGUUACGUGGGGCAUUGUGCAAUUAAAAAGGACUUUGGUUGCCACUUUGCUACAGAGAGCAUUUUAAAAACCGAAAGCAUGUCGAUACCUAGUAUUGUAAAAAUAGUAUUAUCAGUGAAGUGUCGAUGCACACUGUUAUGUAGCCACAAAAAACAUAAGUACAAACUGCGGUAACAAUGCGUUAAUUGGUUGUCGAGAGUCCAAUGAUUUUAUGUACAAAAUGAAAUCAGUGAUGUGCUAAAGUACAAACUGGAAGUAGUGAUACUGUAAUAACUGACAGUCGUAAAUUAUAACUUUCUUCAAACUGAAGUCACUGAAAUGUUCUCCGAUUGAAGUCCCCUAAACAAGAACGUCGCCCUGUGUCCAACCAAGCCACAUUGUUGGAGCCCGUAUAAUUAUAAUAACUGCUUAUUGGAUUAUGAUUUUAUUUUUUUACUUCAACUAGUAAUUGUAGAAUUACGGUUCACUGGCAGUGGAAUUCCACAACUUCCAAAGCGUGGACAAAAUCUGAAUUCUUCCCUGUGGAAUCCAUCUUGAAUAAUUUGUUCUCUUUCAGGAGGUGUUUCGUGCUAUCAAAUGGUCGGUUACUGUUUUCAUAGAGAUUUAAUGUAAUAAAUGUACAUGUAUAUAUUUGGUCAUGUGCAACAUUACCAUUUAAACUUAGCCGUACUAUUAGCCAGGUUGGAGUGUUCGGAUGGUUGUUUGAAAUGAACA